AUGCCCCCUGUGCCCUAUAUCCCUUCUGUCCCCAAUAUCCCCCCUGUGCCCCAUAUCCCCCCCAGCCCCCCACGCCCCGCCCUCUCACCCGCCUCACGUGACCACUGCCGCGCGGGGUCUGUCGGGAGCUGUAGUCCCGUCCUACCUCUGACGGAGACCACGCCUGUCAACACCACGCCCCUCAACACCACGCCCAUACCCUGCCGCGCCUCUCGCCACGCCCCCACGCGUCCAUCGGUGACUCGGGGAUCGCUCCGCGCCUCGCUGGCUCGCGGAUUCGGCGCUCGGCCGCGCCGCCUGCGCAGCGCCGUCAUGGCGGCCCCCGGGGUGGAGGCGCGGGCGCUGUUCGCGGAGGGGGUGCGGGCCGUGCUGGGGGGGUGGGCGGCGCUGCAGCUGGCGGUGGCGCAGGGCUUCGGGGGGCCGCAGGGUCCCGAAAAGGCCGCGUGGCUCAGCUCGGCGCUGCUCGACUUCUUCACGCAGAACGCUGACCUGGAGCAGGAGGAGGUGGAGGAUUUCUUGGCCGAGGUGAUGGACAACGAGUUCGACACGGUGGUGGAGGACGGCAGCCUGCAGCAGGUGAGCCAGGAGCUGGUGACCCUUUUUGCCCGGGCACGAGGGGGGGACGUUGGGGGGGUGGGGGCGGCCCUGGGGGCUCUGGCCCGGCGUGGCCCCGCCCUGGCCGCUGCCCUGGCCACCGCCCGCCCGGGGGGAGACCCCCAGAGCCCCCCCGGGACCCCCCCCACAGCCAUGGAGUGCGGGACACCCCCGCCCUCCUCGGACGGCUGGACCGUGGUGCAGCGGCGGCGGCGGCGAUGA